CACUCCGCUGGGUGCUCGGACGCAGCUGCCCUCGGCUUCGCCUCGUCCCCCUCCCCUCCCCUCCCGGGCUUCGCGGGGGACCCCGCCGGGACCAUGAGGAAAUUCAACAUCAGGAAGGUGCUGGACGGCCUGACCGCCGGCUCGUCCUCGGCCUCGCAGCAGCAACAGCCCCAGCAGCACCCGCUCGGGAGCCGGGAGCCCGAGAUCCAGGAAACACUCCAGUCUGAGCACUUUCAGCUCUGCAAGACUGUUCGGCAUGGAUUUCCCUAUCAGCCCUCAGCCCUGGCCUUUGAUCCUGUACAGAAGAUCCUGGCAGUGGGAACUCAGACUGGUGCUUUAAGGCUCUUUGGUCGUCCUGGAGUAGAAUGUUAUUGCCAGCAUGACAGUGGAGCUGCAGUAAUCCAACUCCAGUUCCUGAUUAAUGAGGGAGCUCUUGUGAGUGCCUUGGCUGAUGACACCUUACACUUAUGGAAUUUACGUCAGAAGAGGCCUGCCAUACUACAUUCACUUAAAUUUUGCAGAGAAAGGGUUACAUUUUGCCAUCUGCCUUUCCAGAGUAAGUGGCUGUAUGUAGGCACUGAACGAGGUAAUAUACAUAUUGUCAAUGUGGAGUCCUUCACACUCUCAGGCUACGUCAUUAUGUGGAAUAAAGCCAUUGAACUGUCAUCUAAAUCUCACCCAGGACCUGUUGUCCAUAUAAGUGAUAAUCCAAUGGAUGAAGGAAAGCUUUUGAUUGGCUUUGAAUCAGGAACAGUGGUCUUAUGGGACCUCAAAUCAAAGAAAGCUGACUACAGAUAUACAUAUGAUGAGGCUAUUCACUCUGUUGCUUGGCAUCAUGAAGGAAAACAAUUUAUCUGCAGUCAUUCGGAUGGCACCUUAACCAUAUGGAAUGUGAAGUCCCCUGCAAAACCUGUACAGACAAUCACACCACAUGGAAAACAGUUAAAGGAUGGAAAGAAGCCAGAACCAUGCAAACCUAUCCUCAAGGUGGAAUUCAAAACGACUAGAUCUGGGGAACCUUUUAUUAUUUUAUCAGGAGGUUUGUCAUAUGACACCGUAGGAAGAAGACCUUGCUUAACAGUGAUGCAUGGGAAAAGUACUGCCGUGCUAGAAAUGGACUAUUCAAUUGUUGAUUUUCUAACACUGUGUGAAACACCAUACCCAAAUGAUUUUCAAGAACCAUAUGCUGUGGUGGUUCUUCUAGAAAAGGAUUUAGUACUUAUAGAUCUUGCACAAAAUGGAUAUCCUAUAUUUGAAAAUCCCUACCCUUUGAGUAUACAUGAGUCCCCGGUUACAUGUUGCGAAUAUUUUGCUGAUUGUCCUGUUGACCUUAUUCCUGCACUUUAUUCUGUUGGAGCUAGACAGAAACGUCAAGGUUAUAGCAAAAAGGAAUGGCCCAUCAAUGGAGGUAACUGGGGCUUGGGUGCUCAAAGUUACCCAGAAAUAAUUAUUACAGGACAUGCUGAUGGUUCAGUUAAGUUCUGGGAUGCUUCUGCAAUAAUGCUGCAAGUAUUGUAUAAAUUAAAAACAUCUAAAGUAUUUGAAAAGACAAGAAAUAAAGACGACAGACCGAACACAGACAUUGUAGAUGAAGAUCCAUAUGCUAUUCAGAUCAUUUCCUGGUGUCCAGAAAGUAGAAUGUUGUGCAUAGCUGGAGUUUCAGCCCAUGUCAUUAUUUAUAGAUUCAGCAAACAGGAAGUAGUUACAGAAGUCAUUCCGAUGCUUGAAGUUCGAUUGUUAUAUGAGAUAAAUGAUGUUGAAUCUCCAGAGAGUGAGCAGCCACCAACUUUGUCAACACCUGUGGGAGGCUCCAGUCCUCAGCCCAUUCCUCCUCAGUCCCAUCCAUCAACCAGUAGCAGUUCAUCUGAUGGACUUCGUGAUAAUGUACCUUGUUUAAAAGUUAAAAAUUCUCCACUUAAACAGUCACCAGGUUAUCAGACAGAACUAGUUAUUCAGUUGGUAUGGGUGAGUGGGGAACCACCACAGCAAAUAACCAGCCUGGCAAUCAAUUCAUCGUAUGGACUGGUGGUUUUUGGCAAUUGUAAUGGCAUUGCUAUGGUUGACUACCUCCAGAAAUCAGUGCUGCUCAACUUGGGCACCAUUGAAUUAUAUGGCUCUAAUGACCCUUAUCGGAGAGAACCCCGAUCUCCUCGUAAAUCUCGACAACCUUCUGGAGCAGGUCUAUGUGAUAUUAGUGAAGGGAGUAUAGUUCCAGAGGAUCGCUGCAAAUCUCCAACUUCUGGUUCUUCAUCUCCACACAAUUCAGAUGAUGAACAAAAAAUGAAUAAUUUUAUAGAAAAGGUGAAGACCAAAAGCAGAAAGUUUUCCAAGAUGGUAGCCAGUGAUAUAGCAAAGAUGUCAAGGAAAUUAAGCUUGCCUACUGACCUAAAGCCCGAUUUAGAUUCAAGUUCCACCUGUGUUAUUAAAGCAGCUGAGUAUGUUGAAUUGUCCUGUACCUCUGGAUGCUUUGAUGUAAAAGAUAAUUCCUUCAGCAGAUCACGGAGUUCCAGUGUGACAAGCAUUGAUAAAGAAUCCCGAGAAGCGAUCUCUGCCCUUCAUUUCUGUGAAACUUUUACUCGGAAGGCAGACUCUUCUCCUUCCCCGUGUCUGUGGGUUGGAACUACCCUAGGAACAGUGCUUGUCAUUGCACUAAACCUUCCCCCCGGGGGAGAACAAAGACUUCUUCAGCCAGUGAUUGUGUCUCCAAGUGGUACUAUAUUGAGGCUGAAAGGUGCAAUCUUGAGAAUGGCAUUCCUGGAUACGACAGGCUGCUUAAUGCCACCUGCUUAUGAACCCUGGAAAGAACACAAUGUUCCUGAAGAAAAAGAUGAAAAGGAAAAAUUAAAAAAAAGGCGGCCUGUCUCAGUGUCCCCCUCCUCUUCUCAGGAAAUUAGUGAAAACCAGUAUGCAGUGAUAUGUUCUGAAAAGCAAGCAAAAGUAAUCUCACUGCCAACCCAGAACUGUGCUUAUAAACAAAACAUUACAGAGACCUCAUUCGUGCUUCGUGGAGAUAUUGUAGCAUUGAGUAACAGUAUCUGCCUUGCCUGUUUCUGUGCCAAUGGCCAUAUUAUGACUUUCAGCUUGCCAAGCUUAAGGCCUCUGUUGGAUGUAUAUUACUUGCCCCUCACCAAUAUGCGGAUAGCCAGAACGUUCUGCUUCACCAACAAUGGACAAGCAUUAUAUCUUGUUUCACCUACAGAAAUCCAGAGACUUACAUAUAGUCAAGAGACCUGUGAAAAUCUUCAGGAAAUGUUGGGUGAACUCUUCACUCCUGUAGAAACACCUGAAGCACCAAACAGGGGAUUCUUUAAAGGCUUAUUUGGAGGUGGUGCACAAUCUCUUGAUAGAGAAGAGCUAUUUGGAGAAUCAUCCUCGGGAAAGGCUUCCAGAAGUCUUGCACAGCAUAUUCCGGGCCCUGGUGGCAUUGAAGGUGUGAAGGGGGCAGCAUCUGGAGUUGUUGGUGAAUUGGCACGAGCUCGUUUGGCACUAGAUGAGAGAGGACAGAAGCUUGGUGACUUGGAAGAAAGAACAGCAGCUAUGCUAUCAAGUGCAGAUGCAUUUUCUAAACAUGCCCAUGAGAUGAUGUUGAAAUACAAAGAUAAGAAAUGGUACCAGUUCUGACAACCGAAAUUGAACAAGUUCAACUUUAGCCAGAAGGAAAAAAGUUUUCCUGUUAUUUCAUUGAUUUUUUUAGGAAAGUUAACAUUAACAGGAUGUUCAUCGCUGAAUACUGUUCUUUCCUAGCACAAUCAUGCACUGUUUUACCUCAGUCUUUUGGCUUUACCUGCGGAGUGUACACACACACUCAAACCAGAGUACAUGGUGUAUGCCAGCUUGAGUUGACAGUUUGGGAACUAAGCAGGUCACGUGUAACAAAUGAAGAAACAAAGGGGGAUGUUGAGGAGACAUGGCAGGGACUAUUCCUUGGAUCAUUACUGUAUUAAACUUUCAUAUGCCAAAAGAUUUUGUGCCGUUGUUCUGCCAACAGUGUUUUACCUUUUUUGGGGGAGAGUCAAUAAGUCCGAAGUCCUGAAGCUGAAAUAUUUAUAUAUGUGUCAUUGGACUGGAUUAUAAACAGCUAUGUUGGACUUUCCUUCCCUUAAACUGACUGGUCAUCAGUAUCAUUAGUAAAGAAGAAACUGUUUGUUACCACAUCUUUAGACUAAGCUGAAUGGUGGGCUUUAAAUAAUAAAAACAUACACAUAGUUGACUUGUGUAUGGGCUACUCUUGUAUUCUUGUUAUAUACUUGUGUUUAGUCAUAUUUUGUCAAAAGCAAAACAAGGUGAUACAUCACUUUUCAUUGAAAAGAGAAGUGUAGAGCAUGACUGAAUUGCUCAUCAUUCUGGGAGUUUCCAUGUAGUGGCUAUACAGUGUGGAAAGUGAGAAAAACCUCCAUUGUGGUGAGGAGAAUACUUCAAUGUCCUUUGUUCUUGUUCUCUUUAAGUCAGCUAAAAGUGGAUUUGACCAAAACAGUUAUCAGUUAAAUUUGUAGAAAAGUUAAAAUUGGCUACAUUUUUAAUUUUGCUUGAGUUUUUAUAAAAUGUUUAACCAAAUGUAUCUUUGCAUUAUUUAAUUAAAAUUGCUAAAAAAACAACGUUUCAUUAUUUCGGUAAAAUGCUCAGCUCCCUUUAUAAAAUGCCCUUUAUUUGCUAACAGUUCCAGUACACUCAGGUGAUGAGCCAAUUAAAUCGUAAUGCACAUGCUAUCGCAUGGAAAAUUAUGAGUCGAGUGUGUUGACCUACAAAAUACUUUCUCUAGAAAUAUAAAUAUAUUUAUGUAUAUGUCCUUUCAAAGUUUUUUAAAAAAUAAAAGGAAAGGAAAAAUAUACUUUGAUAAUUAAAUUAGUUCUGUAAUGGAGUGCAAUGCAAAUUGAAACAGCAGGAAACCGUGAAUGAGUGGUACCUAGAAUGGCAUCACAAAUAGGAAAGAAACCACUACCUGGACCUGGAAAUAAGUAGUCUCAUAGUGCAGCUAAUCUGAGAUUAAAAUUGAUUAUUGUUAAAGCAGCAAAGAGCAAAGUAGAAGUAUCAAAAUUAAUGUUAAUGAAAUAUAAAUAUUGUCUUCUAUAAAAAUUCUUUAAAAUCAUUUUCAGUUUUUCAUUAAGAGAUAACUAGAGCACAAAUUGAUAGCAACCAUAGUUGUUUUUCUAUUCCAUAUGAUCAUUUAAAGUAUAUGUCGAACAUAUUAACUUUUUCAGUCUUACACAUAUUUUCCUUACCAUUUUCAUUAAUAAAGCUUUUUUAAAAAUAUUUUAUAAUGCACACUAUUGAAUAAAAAAGUUUAUAUCAAAAUUUACUUUAACUAUCACUGGAUAAAGACUAGAUAUAUGUAACAUAAUUGGUCAAGUCGAAAGAUAUUUUAAAAAUAAAAUCAUUUCCAAAUUUUGAAUUUGUAGAAAGUACCAAUGAAUAACAUAACUUUGUUUAAUGUCACCCAUCUGAUGAAUAUCCAGCAGUUUACAAAUUGCUUAAUUUGCAUUCUGUAUUAUCCAGAAAAUCCAUUGUUCAUGAUAUGCCACAGGAAGGAUUAGGUCCUUCUUUAAAGAUACAGUUUUGUGAAUGUCAUCAGCAGUUAAUGGAUUUGAAGAAGUUGAGAAGCUUUAAAUAAAUUAAAAAUACACUGGUUGUUUCCCUAUCCAGGUAGAAGGCCAUAUUAGCUUCAUUUAAUUUGCUAUAUUAUUAUUUGCAUAUAAAUUUCAUUUUUCUUGUACAUAAAAUGAACCAAAUUUAUAGUUAUUUCCAAAUACGGAAGUAGAUUUACCUGAGAGGGAUUUUAUACGAAAAUGUUACAUCAACAUUUUAAGUUAUUUGUUUCAUUUUUAAUCUAUAAAUUAUGCUCAAGAAAAUGAAGACUACUUAAGAUUAUAAAGCUUAGAAUAUUUUUUAAUAUAGAAAAUAAGGUUCUCAGAGUAUACUUGAUGCAGUCUGUAGAUAAGAGAUAGUUUAAUAACUAACCCAGGGAAUUUAUUGUAAUUUAAGAGAUAACAUCUCUCUUUUUUUUUUAAUGCAAAAAGUAGUAGUCACCAGCAAGCCAAGACUUCAGGAAAAUUAACCAAAAAAAACCAAAAAACAAAAAAACAAAUGUUAAAAUAGAAAAUAUCAGAGAAAUGAAAGAUAUUUUUUUUCUUAAUUUGUGUGCUUUUCCCAUAUUCUCUUUAACAUUGUUGCAUUGUCUUUGGAAAAUCAUUGAAGUAUUCAUUGAUAAGCAGUUUGUCAGUAGGAAAUGGUUUUCCUAUAUGUACCAUAUAUCUAAUUGCUUUCACUUUGCUAGAUAAAAUUAAUAUGUGUAUUUUCUUAGAGUUACUUGAAAUCUUUCAUUUUGACAAAUUAUGUAUAUUACAUCAUCUUAACAACCUUGGUUUGCAUUUCAGUCAUAAAAUGUGUUUCCAAAUCUGGUUACAGAUUCAACUGAGCUAUUACUAACUUCUUAAUUUGAUUUUUAUGGAUGUGAAAAAAUGCUGCUACUUUACUCUGUGUAAGUAUAUUGCAAUUUAAGUAUAGUACUUUAAAGGAAGAAGCUUUUAUUUUACUUAGAACUUCUUAGUUGUAGAUUCUUCUGAAGUUAUUUUAUGUAGAUAUGCAAAUGUUUUAAACAAGUCUGAAAGUGUUAUGUACUUUUGGGUUAUAGGGGAUUCUCAGGAGACAGCUGAGGAAAAGAAAAUUAUUUGGAAGAUACCACGAAGUUUAAAGUUUUACCCUGAGUUCUAUGUUCUGUACAUGUUUUGCUUAAAGUAUUUCUCGUGUGACAUUAAGAAAUGCUAUAUCCAAAGGUAAAAUUUUUGUUGCAAAGAUUUAUUUUGCAUUUUAACUUUGAGGAGUUUAUUUUGUUUAUGCAAAGUAAAGAGUACUGACUUUAAACUUGAACUUUUUCUGCACUUUAUUUGGGGUAAUGAAUACUUUUUAUUAUCAUUUGAUUCACAUUUCUCCAUUUAAAUCAAGUGAUACAUGUGUAUAAAAUGUACCAAAAUCAUGAAUAUGCUGCUAGCCACACCUUAACCUGAUCAGUUUUAAAACCUUUAAUAGGGUUUUAUAUAGUUUUCAAAAAUUAAGAAAAUACAGAAGUGUUUGCUGUAUGUUUCAAUGUUCUUGAUCUUAAAUUAUUGCAACACUUUCAGAUUUGUUUCACAGUCAUACAGUAAUAUGUUAUAUUUAUACAUA